AAUUCAACGUAGUAUAUGGAAGAAAUCUACUUCAAUUAAAAAAAUUUAUUACAGUCAUUUAAACCAAGUUAGUGAAAUAAAUAAUUUAUUAUAAUAAUAAACAGUAGAAGAAGAACGUUUUUUAUAAUAAUGAUUAAAUUGGCAUUACAUUUAUUGAUCAGUCUAUAUAUAUUAAGCGAAGUUUCCUGUGAAGAAGAUAAUAAUUCAUUACAACCGUGGGAUUCCUCAGAAUAUAAUCCUCGAAAUCGUGUCAUCGCACCUUAUAAACGCCGACAAAUAUUUCGUUUCGGUAAACGAAACUCACAUCCAACAAUCUACAAAGAAAUGGAUGAAUUACCUAGUCUAUGGGAUAUUUAUCGUAAAUGAUAAACUGACAAUGUUAUGUUUUUUUUAAACAAAAGAAAUCUAUGUAUGAUUAAAAUAAAAUGCACUAAAUAAUUGAGAUUUAUUGUAA